AUGGCCAGCGCCUCCUCAAAGCAAGAGAAGGUCGAGGGCAAGAAGGUUUGGAAACCGUUCCCUUGGAAUUACUUGCCGAACAAGGUUGCUUUGAUUUGGGGCGCGGCUGAAGUGGCCUCCAUCUCCCCAUUGUUCGCGGUGCUGAUUGCGUUUAAUGUUGGUUGGUACCACAUCUGCAUGUAUGUCUGGCACCAUCGACACUUUGUGCGCUGUCGUGAAGCGAUCCCGGAGCUUGUUCGCUCGGUAUCCAGGCCUCUGGGCCGUUGGAUGCUGCAAGAUCCGCGGAAUCACGCAUACCUGCCAUGGUUUGCUCUACUGUCCUGCGUCCCCAUGUUGUUCUUUUGGGCCAUGUGGCGCUACCACCACUACGGCUUCGAGUUUUCGACUCUGGUGAUCUACCACGUCUUGAGGGGAGGCCCCCGCUUCCGCUUCUUUGGACAUGCUCAUGCCUUGGUUCAUAAGGAAGGACACGCGCACACCGGCCACUUUGUGAAACACUUUUGGAUCCUGAAUUAUUUGUGUGAGUGGUGGAUCGGACCCUUCUAUGGUGUGGUGCCGAAUAGCUACAGCAUUGCGCACAUGAAGAUUCAUCAUCGAUGGCACAACGAUGUGGACGAUGUGCACACCAAUCUCGACUUAGACCGGACGAAGCUUUCCUCGUUUUUCAUCUACGUCCCACGCUUCAGUUUAUACUGGACUGGGCUGAGUCCGGUGGCGCUACUGGCGAAGCGAAAAGAAUGGAGACUUGUUCGGCAGUUGCUCUAUGGCAUGAUGACAUACUAUGGAGUGACGCUGAUACUCUUUAUGUGGAACCCGGUGUUUUGCAUUGUCUACUGGAUCUUCACUCACCUGGAAGGUAUGAUCCUCCUGUGUGCCAUUUCUUACCUGUGGCAUGCAUUCGUCGAGGAAUCCGACCCAGGCAAUCAAUACGUUAAUUCGGUCACCAUUCUGGAUGGCCAUGACAAUACCUUUAACGAGGACUAUCAUGUAGUCCAUCAUCACUCGCCGUCUACCCAUUGGACGGAUGCUCACAAACACUUUGAAGCCAACAAGCACAAGUAUGCUGAAGUGAACGCAACGAUCUUCCGGGACACUGAAGAAGGGAUGCUGUUGCAAAUGCUCUUCGAAAAUGACUGGGAUGGUAUGGCAACACGUUUUGUGGAUUUGAAUGGCAAGCUGAGUCAUGAGGAGAAGAAAGCUCUCCUCGUGAAAAGGCUCAAACAUGUCUGUGGACCAGAUGGCCGAGAUGGGCAGCCGGCGUGGGCAUCGCAGCAAAGCUUGCAUGCAUUCGCCGGUGGAGUGCGAUGUUGGGCGGCGUCUUUCCGCAAUCCGUCAGCGGUGAGGCAUGGUGAAGAGCUUCGAGUAAGUGGACUUCCCACAUAUUGGGAUGAGUAUGGAGAGCUCUUCAUUUAUUGGCAGGUGCAUGGAAGCAGAUGGACCGUGUGUCCUCGAACUGAUGACAGUCAGAAGGACCUGUUGAACCAGGUCAAAAAGGGAGAUGAAGUGGGACUGGCCUACGAGGAGGUGGAUCCGGGAAUUUGGUCGGAGUACCUCGAAACUGGCUUUGUCACGACCAAAGGCGUUCGUUUGAGGGCCUUGGAGCAUGGCCCGGUCUCGUCUUCACCAUCUAUGGAGGGGGCACCGCAACGGGGGAAGCGAAUCUCUCGCUGGCGGAAGGAAGCCCAACAACGCGCCGCGGCAAAUGGACGCCCGAGGCAGCCCAAGUCCCUGGAGGACAUGAAGCGUCUGUUGGAAUCAGAUCCAGAUGUCGAGGAGGUCUUCAUGAUCCAAGGACCGAAAGAGGCAGGUUUGGUGGUUUCCUUUCGAUCCAUGCGAUCGGCCUCUGAUGCCCUGGAACUGGGCCGAAACCUGCUGGGUGAUCCUGAAGUGGUGGACAAAGUGAGCCAUGAAGAGCUUCAACGCCUCAGGGAACACAGCAGAGGCAGUUACCGACCCAAUCCAGUCAGGCAAGCUGUGAAGGAUGUCCCUCCACCUGUGGUGCCUGCCGAGCAAGUUGCGGAGAGAGCCCAGAUGGAUUCCAGUGGAAUCAAUGGCAUCGACCUUCAGGAAGCGCUGCUUCAGCAGGAGGUGAAACAAGACCAGCAGUUGCAAGCAGCAGCAGCUCAGCUACCAGCAGCAAAGCCGGAAGAUGUCCAGACUGAAAAGGGGCUCUCCACUGCAAGUCUGGAAGUCAAUGAAUCCGUACAGAAGGCGUUGAAACAACUUCAAGAAUUGGUGCCAACUGCACAGGAUGUGGCUGCAGCUUCAGUGGAGCCUGCAACUUCUCCGCGAAAGCUUGAACCGGGAGGGGUGGCUGUCGCCAAGAGCAAAGGCGCCCGAGCCAAAGCCAAAGCGCGCGCUGAGCCGGAGGCAUCCCCAGUUGCCCCUGUUGCGCCCCCUGCUGUGGUGCCAGGUGUGCCUGACAGCGACAAGCCGUCACCGAAAGAAAAGAAGGUGAAAGACAAGAAGGAGAAAAAAGCGAAGAAGUUGAAGCAAAAGCAAGAGAUGGAG